GCUGCUCGCAAAGCAAAGCGGCCCUCCACAGCGUGCACUUGGUCGCUCACCGCGCAUGAAGAGCUACACCAGUGUCGCCGUGGACGACGCUGAUGAGGAUCACGGUCUCCCGUCUGAUCCCCUUCCGGGCUUCAAAAAGCCGACCGCCAGCAAUAACGCCGACGACAGUGACGUGCUGCCCAAGCCGAUCAAGACCAGUUUCCAGGAGAAGUUAGCGGAGAAGGGUCCGGAUUCGCCUGAUACGGCGGAGAGCGCGGCCGACAAGAAGAAGCUCCUCAAGCGUCAGGCGGACGCCUGCUUCUCCAAGGUGAUGCUCUGCACUAUCGCCAUCUCGCUCGUGUGGAUGUCUUCGCUCGGCGUCGCGCGUUUUAUUGUCCAGUCGGCCAUCGCCUCGCCGCCAUUCAGUGUGGUGAGCUUCGAGUGCAUGCGUGGCUGGGACAAGAUGGUCUCCGAGAAGGAAGGGCACACGGCGUGUACGAGCGUGCAGAUGUCGCAGUGCGAUGCCGCGCUCGAGGGCGCCGCCGCGGACGAGGUUGCGCGUUCGACGGCGGCGAGCGACCAGGUCGACCAGAUGCUGCACCGCGUGGAGACGCUAAAGAUGCGGUGCACCAACUCGCAUGUGCGAAUCAUGGACGGGCUCGAGAUGAUCGGCAGGCGAGGCGUGCCUCUUGUUUGGAGCAACGACAGUUGCACGCCGCGAGAGGUGGAGGCCGCACGCCAGCUCCUCGGCGAUGCGUCGCGCGAGAAGCAGGAGGCGAUGGCCGUGGCGCAGGCCCGCUCGCCGCCUUUGGCCGCGCCGUUUCCACGCCGUUUCCACGCCGUUUCCACGAAGGCGCGGGCCGAGUACGACAGCCAGUACAUGUACAACUCCUCCAAGGGGUUCAUCGACGCGGCCGGCGCGGCCAAGGACGGCGUGGAGGACGAGAUUGCCAAGAUGCAGGACCGGCUCGACAUGCUCAACAUGUCGCUCUCCUUCUGCACCGACUCGGCGUGCGACAUCCCCAUCCUGCAGGAGAUGGCCGCGCUCACCGACCAGAUCAAGAAGAUGAACAUGGCCAUGAUGCAGCAGGCGGCGCAGUGGUCGGAGUACGCGAAGGCGGCCGAGAGUAUGGAGAGGUGGAUGAAGCAGAAUGCGGCAAAGAUGCAACAGGUCAUGUCGGGCAUCGACCCGAACUUCAACCUGCCCGACUUCAACCUGCCCGGCAUACCGAAUAUCAACAUCCCCUUACCGGACAUGAACCUCGACAUGGACGUUUACACUGCCGAGUUCGCAGCGUGGUCAGCGGAGAUGGCGAGGGCGCAGAAGGAGUACCUCGCCGACGCGAUGGGAGGACUGCCAGACAUCUCGGGCGCGCUCGACCCGAUCACCGGCCUCGAGAUCCUGCCCGGCUACGACCCGCCGCCGCUCAACAUUGCCAACGCGACGGCGGAGAUGGCCCAGGCGGCGGAGGACUUCCUCGCCAAGCAGGCCAGCGCCAUCGACAACAUCGUCGGCGGCGCUGCCAACAUGAUGGGCAUCGGCGACAACAGCUCCGGCUCGUGGGUCUUCAACUGGUCCAUGUCGGACAUGACCGACUCGUCAAACUUCGACUGGAAGGUUGAGGGGUUCCACGCGCUCGAGAUGGACAUCAUGGGGCUCAAGAUCAGCAUCGACAACAUCUUCACCAUGGCCGUGUGGGCCGACGUCGUGUGGCGGGUCUACAUCUCGACGCGCCUGGUCAUCAAGUACUGGUUCCGCUCCUCCGAGGCGAUCCCGCCGCUCGACCUGCGGCGCGCGACGUUGCAGCAGGGCGUGAUGCUGACCGGUGCCGCCUCGGUCUUCGAGCUCGCCUGCUCUUUCAUCGCCCGGUUCAACCCCGUCCGGCUCUGCAUGUCUUACAUCCUCUCCCCGUACUCGGCCGCGGCCUUUGGAGGCUUCCUCAUGCUCUUCGUGCUCAACGCCGUGACCCAGGUGUACAUGUUCUCCUUCUACGCGUACGUCGAGGGCUGCAUAGAGCCCCCGCGCAACGGCACGUGGGUCUGCGAAAACCUCUUCUCCGCCGCCUACAACUACGCGGCGGGCGACGGCGACAAGACACUGCUCGCCGGGCUGCAGGUCUACAACGAGCGGCGGUCGAGAGAGUGCGCGACGUACCUGCAGCCGUCGGCGCAGCACCAGACGACGGCGGCGCAGCACUACGACACCGACUCCAAGAUCUAUGCCCUCGACGCCGCCGGGAUCGCCCUCGCCAAAAAGUGCCUCGACUUUGACAAAACGGCGGCAGGCGACCCGGAAAUCGUUCUGUCGGUCGCCUCUCAGGCCGCACUAAGCCGCACGCCGGACGACGCCGCCUGCUUUGGCGACAUCUGCGCGGGCGACCCGCUCGCGGGGUGGGGCAACAUGUCCAGCGGCGGGUGGCCGAACGCGUCGCAGGCGUUCGCGGACGCGGACUUGGAUUCCAUCAAGGACAGCCUGGCCGAGAACGGGCUCGACGCCGGCUCCCUGUCCGGCAUGGCGUCCGGCUUUGACUGGGGGGGGAGGAGGCGGCUGAUCGAGGGCGCGACGCGGGCGUUGGGGCCGACGACGGCGGCGGCAGCGGCCUCGGAGCUGCGAAAGCUGCUCGACACCGGCACGCCAUGCCUGCAGGACGUCAACGCGACGCUUCCGGACGGCGUCUUCUCGUGCGAGGAACUCCCUCCCUGCGAGGUGACCUGCGCGGGCCCGAACCGCGAGGUGCUCGGCCUGUUUUCCAACCGGUGCGGCUGCCACUCGGAGUGGCUGUUCCACGGGUUCGUGCUGCAGAUCCUGCUCGCGAUCCUCGUGUACGUGAGCAUGCAGGUGGCGCGCACGCUGCUGGUGGAGGGGGUGCUCCGCAUCACGUGGCGCCGGCUCCACGUCUACGCCGAGCUCGAGGUGCUCGGCACGGCCGACCUCGACUCGCUGCACAAGUUCCCCGGCUGCCUCUCCUUCAACGCGCGGCAGCUGUUCGAGCACGUGGCGCGGCACCUGCGCGAGUACGAGCGCAAGGCGAUCGGCUUCUUCCUCGCCUGCCCCCUCUCCUUCGCCCCGAUCUCGUGGCUGCUGUGGUACGUCGCGCAAAACAUCACGUACACGCAGGACUUUGUGACUGCCAGAACCACAACCAGCGUGUUUUGACGCCGAGCGCGCCGACGGCACCGAGCGGUCGCAGGGGAGGGACGGGGCGGCGGAGGGGGGAGCCCGCGGACUGGGGUCUGAGCUGUGCAAUGUCGAGACCUGUCGAUAGAGCAUUAGCGCGCGCACAGCGCAAGAUACGUGGGUUGUGUUUGUGCCUGUGUCCGAGAGUAUCUCUGCUCUUGUCGAUUGUCGUGUUAGGCGUUUCCCUUGUGUGUAUGUACGGAGCCUGACUCGUCACUUGCUCCUAGCUGUUCCUGCUUUUCGUUUGUCUUGUGAAUCUCUCAAUAUGUCGUGUGUCGUGUAUAUACUACUCGCCGAUGCAUGAAAA